AUGGAACACAUAAAGGGGUUUUACAACACUAUCCUGAAGUCCUCACAUCCAAUAACGCUUUCGCUACAUCUUGCUGGUAAAGCAUUUCCGUUAGUGUUUUACAUGUUAGGAGAUUGGUUUACAGGAUUCACAGCCCAGUUCAUUGUGAUCAUCCUCGUCCUGGCGUUUGAUUUCUAUUUCACGAAAAACAUUAGUGGACGAAAAUUAGUCCAAUUACGUUGGUGGUAUGAUUCCACAAUAACCAGAACCACAACGUUUGUCUUUGAAUCAUACAAACAAUACCCUGCAGAUGGCCAUGUUAUUAAUCCAAUCGAUUCUAAAUUAUUUUGGUGGUCAAUGUAUUUAACACCUGUUGUUUGGCUUGUGUUCGGAUUGUUGUGUCUGCUUCGUUUAAAAUUAUUUUAUCUUCUUCUAGUUGCAGUUGCAGUCUCUUUGACAGGCUGGAAUACAUACGGCUUCCGUUGUUGCGAUAAAUGGGAACCAGGUCAUGAUGUAGAUAGUGCUACUGAUACGUGGUUUCAACUCCCAAAUUUUGGUGGUUUCGAAAACAUUUCUAGAUUGGCAAAUGUUCAAUCUUUCUUUCAAAGGACUACUGGUUCUUCAAGCGUAUAA